GUUACAGCAAAUUGCCAGAAAAUGGGGAAAAUAUGGGUGGAGGUGUGCUUGAUUUCAGCUCGUGGGCUCCGGCGAACUUCGUCGCUGUUUAAGCUCCAGUGGUAUGCAGUUGGGUGGAUUGAUCCAAACAACAAAUACUGCAGCAGGAUUGAUGCUUCCGGAAAUGCAAAUCCAGUUUGGAAAACCAAAUUCUCAGCUCCGGUCGAUACCUCUGAAUCGGAAUUCCAAGAUUUGGCACUUCAGGUGGAAGUUUACAGUAGGGAGCCCAUUUUCCUUAGAGAAAGGCUCCAGGGGACUGCAACUGUUGUGCUGAAAGAGUUUUUGGAUAAAUAUGUCAAGAGUUCUGAGGUUUCCAAGCCAGUUGAAGAAGUGGGGAGCUUUCAACUGAGGAGAAGGAAUUCUAAUAAACCUCAAGGAUUUGUUGAUGUUUCCAUCCGAAUAUCAGAAGAGAGGGAAGAACCCAGUUCUUAUACAGGUAAUGGCGAUGGAUUCAAGCUCAUGGAUCACAACAACAACAUUAACAUAUCCAAUCAAUUAUAUGGAAUGUCACAACCACCCCCGCCACAAUUUCCUCUUCCACCACACCGCCCGCCAGAAAAUCGACCACUGCCAUCUUCCAACUAUGCUUACCCUAUGCCACUGCCUGGAGCUUAUUCUAAUUCAUCAUUAGGCGGUCCAAGCCACCAAUCAGCAGGCGGUCCAAGCUACCAAUCAGCAGGCGGCCCAAGCUACCAAUCAGUAGGAGGUCCAAGCUACCCACCUGCAGGUGGGCCCAGUUAUCAGCCGCCACGAACACCACCACCUCCACCUUCUAAUAUCGGUUACCUACCCACUUUCCUCCCUAGAACAGAUUACUUACCGCCGAGUUACAUGAACAUGCCGCCGACUGGCUGUGGGGGUGGCACCGGUGGUGGACGUGGUUUUGGAAUGGGAUUGGGUGCUGGAGCAUUAGCAGCCGGUGCUGUGAUCUUUGGUGAUGAUUUUAUAUCAGGAUUUGAUGUUCCAGCGGGGUUUCAAGAUGCUAGUCUUACCAUCGUAACUGAUCCUCCUUUCUGACAAACAAAGCAGCCUGUGUAAAAUUAUGUUGUGACAUGAGAUGGUGAUCGGUUUUUUUUGUCAUACUGUUCAAGUAUUUGUUAGGCAUUCUAUAUUUCUUCUCUUUUGUUGGAUGGAAUUUGAAUGAAUUACAUUCGCAGAAACAGCAUGUCCCAGCUUUCAGUUCAGAUAAUACUUUUCAUUUCUGUAUUA